CGAACUGAAAGAGGAGAGUGAAAGUGAAAGAACUCAACAACAAAAAAAUGGAGGAAAGCAUCAACAAUUUCAACAAAAAUGUAGCAAAAUUCUGCAAUAAUCUUCAAUCUACUUCUAGUGCUUUCAAACAAUCCCUUGAUCGUCGUCCAAUUCCUCUCGAUUCGGCGUCCACCACUUUUAUGCAAUCCCUAAAUCGUAGGGUUUCGGCUUUAACGGGGGAUCUUAAUUUGCUGGAAUCAAUGUCAUUGGGAACUGUGUCAUUUGAAGAGCUUCUGGGUCACUGCAAUGAGAUUUAUAAAUUGAAUCAUUCUCAUCUUCUUCACCUUCAUUCCCAUCUUCAAUCUUUGGCCUACAUUUCCCCAAGUGAUGGAGUAGAUGACCUUGAAGAGGAUUUUAUGGCUCAAAGUAGUAGUUGUGGUAAUCCUGAUCCUGAACCAGAAUCACCGUUCCCGGCUUUACGUUAUGGGUCUACCAACAAUGUGGAUGCUGAUUCUUUACUUGAAGGGUCUCCCAGCUUUCGAAACCUUGGAUUAUCUGAGAUUAGUCUAGCUACACUUGCUUCUGGAGGAGUUCGCAAAAGUAGUGUGCCUGAUAGUCCACCAAAGUUACAUCAUAGGUUCAAGGUCCAGAACCAAGAUAACCCAAGCAUCCUUAAUACAGUUGCUGAAGAAGAGAGAGAUGAACCCAAGUUACGUGAAACUUCAAAUAUGAUACUUGUUUCAAAUGAAGACUAUGAAAGUCUGCCUUCUUACAUGAAAAGUGUGGCUCCGUGGAAGGAUCUACAAUCUGCAGUUGAGAAAAUGAACUCAUUCCUAAGCAAGAAGGGAAAUAUGAAACAAAAUACCUUCUUCCAUCCCGAGGAACUUGAAUCAAUGGGAUUAGGGACUAAAGGAAGAUCGUAUGUCCUGCUGCUGGUGCGCAUGAAGCGGCUGAAUGUUGAGACUAAUAAUGGAUUGAUAUCUUAUAGAGUGCUGUAGAACAUCUGUCACAAUUAUAUAUGUAAGGAGGUGUUACAAGUAUAGCCUGCAAUUUGGUGACUUCUGCUGGCUAUAUUCUGGUUUGUUGUUUUCACAGAAUUGUAAUUAUUGUAAUAUAUUUUCACAGAAAACUCUGUUCAAUUCAUAAGGUUGCUGCCCUGUUUGCUUCACCUUCUCUUUUUUUGUUUUUGAUGAAUUCAUACAAAUUAAGAAAAUUUUACUUCAAAAGUAAUUAAGAUUUAGGAGCUGUUGAUCUAUUUGAAGAAUAAAUUCUAGUAAAUUUGAGCAAAAAGGCUUAUGAAAUGUCUGCACCUUCUGAACGGCAAUAAAGUUCCUCCCAGUGUCCACCCAAUAGCUACUAUGUACUAUAUUUGGGUCCAAAUUCCAGAGAUGGCAUAAUGCACCUAAAUUUUCAAUCAGGAAAGCUUACCAGUGGAUCUUUUCAAUCAUUUGGGUGACUACGAUUGCAAUCAUAUGCUCUAGACACAACUACAAUUUCAAAAGCCUAUAGUCAAAAUAGGAACGGAGUACUUAGCAUAUUGAAAGGGAGGGUAGAAGAUUGAAGGAAUGGAAAGCGAAUAUUUAUUAGAAUAGUAGAGUAGAUACACAAUACGGUUUAGUUGAGUCGACCAGUCUGGCUCAACAAAUUUGGGUUCCAAGGGAGCCCUCCUAGGGGUUGUCUCUGACUUGCAAAAAAAAAAAAUGCUAAAUCCACUACAAUG